GCAAGGUGGAACACCGAAUCUAAUGACAGAGGGAUGGAGGCAGCAAUGCCUGCAACGCCUCCGAGCUGGCUCCACACAGUAUCCUUCCUCCACGAACGGUCAUAGCCACCCAGGCCCGCAGUAUAGAACCCGGCCUCCCCGCCGCCUUUUCCCACCCCCUACUCCAUCCCAAUUCCCGCUCCCCCUUCCACCUCCCGCGAUCAAGGCACAGCCAGGGCUCGCAGAUGUCGGGUGUGUGGGUGUUCAAGAACGGCGUCCUGCGGCGUGUGGAGAACCCGAGCGGCGGCGAGCCCGGCGGCGGUCUCCGUCGUAAGGUUCUGGUCCACCUCCCCACCGACGAGGUGGUGACCUCGCUGGCGAUGCUGGAGAGCGAGCUGGCGGAGCUGGGAUGGGAGCGGUACCCGAGCACUCCCGACCUGAUCCAGUUCCACAAGCGCUCCUCGGUGCACCUCAUCUCCGUGCCCCGGGACUUCUCCCGGUUCACGUCCGUGCACAUGUACGACAUUGUGGUCAAAUGCAGGAACGUCUUCGAGGUGCGUGAUGCAUAAGAUAUACACACACAGGUGUAUAUCGGAUGGUGAUCAUGCCGACGUCGUCCUCGCUAGAGGUCGAUCACUAAGUCUGCAUGGUGUUAAGAAAGCCUGGUGGUGGUGUAGCCGCUGCUGUGCUGGUUCGGAUUGUGCUACUACUGUUUGAUGUUUAAGCUGUUUCCUGCAUGUCAUUG